AACGUAAAAGAGGAGAAAGAUCAUGCUGAGGAUACCUCCCUUAAAGUAGUGAAGUAUGCCAGGACACCAGUCAUGUCUACAUACCUUGUUGCUUUUGUUGUUGGCGAGUUUGAUUUUGUAGAAGGAAGAGAUGCAAAUGGGGUAACAAUCAGAGUUUAUACUCCAAAGGGAAGAGAAGUUCGGGGACAGUUUGCUUUAGAGGUUGCUAAGAAGUGCCUGCCAUUUUACAAAGAAUAUUUUGGGAUUGGUUACCUUUUACCAAAGCUUGACCUCAUUGCUAUUCAAGACUUUGUCAUAGGGGCUAUGGAAAAUUGGGGUCUUGUCACCUACAGGGAAACCUGCCUUUUGAUAGAUCCAACUGAUUCUUCUUCAGCAGCUAAACAGUAUGUGGCUUUAGUUGUUGGUCAUGAACUUGCUCAUAUGUGGUUUGGAAAUUUGGUGACAGUGGAAUGGUGGACACACUUGUGGCUAAAAGAAGGGUUUGCAUCAUGGAUAGAAUAUCUCCUGGUAGAUCACUGCUUUCCUGAGUUUGAUGUGUGGACACAGUUUGUGAGCACUGAUUUUGCCAGUGCCUUGAAACUUGAUGCACUGAAUAACAGUCAUCCAAUUGAGGUUCCAGUGCAACAUCCAGGGGAGAUAGAUGAGAUUUUCGAUACAAUAUCCUACAACAAGGGUGCAUCAGUGAUCAGAAUGUUACAUCAGUAUGUGGGUGAUCAGGACUUUAGGAAAGGUCUAAAUCACUACCUGAAGACGUUUGAGUACAGUGCUGCCUCCACAGAGGACCUCUGGGCCAGUCUGUCUCACGCCAGUUCGAAGCCUGUUGCAGACGUUAUGGAAACAUGGACCAAACAAAUGGGAUAUCCUGUGUUGUCUGUUACAGCAGAAAAGAAAGGGGAAGAUGUGGUGGUCACCAUAACACAGAACAAAUUUUCGGCUGAUGGGACAACUGAAGAUUCUUCCCAAUGGAAAGUACCGAUCGCUGUUUGCACUAGUACCAGUCCCUUAGCCCCCGCAGUUGAAACGUUGUUAGAAAAUAAAACCUGUGAAAUAACAGUCAGUGGAGUUGGAAAAGAUCAGUGGAUUAAGUUAAAUCCAGGCCAAGUUGGUUUCUACCGAGUACAGUACUCGUCCGACAUGUUGGAGCUUCUCCUGCCGGCCAUAAAGGACAACAGUCUUCCACCAAGGGACAGAUUGGGUUUGCAGAGUGAUCUGUUUGCUCUGGCGCAAGCAGGUCUCACAUCCACAACAGAAUUCCUAAAAUUAGCUGAACAAUUUAGCAACGAAACAAACUAUACAGUGUGGAAUGACCUAACAACGAAUAUGAGCAGCUUGUCGAAGCUGUUGCAAAACACUGGGUUCUACUCUAGCUUCCAGGCCUUCUGUGUGAAGCUGUACGAAAACAUUGCCCAGAAAGUUGGAUGGGACCCUAAAGCUGGAGAAGGUCAUUUGGAUGCGUUGUUGAGGGGCCUGGUGCUGGGUUGUAUGGGACGCAGUGGUGAUCAAGCAACCCUCGCCGAGGCGCGCAAGAGAUUUGAAGCGCACUGCAAAGGUGAAUCCACCAUCCCGGCAGACUUGAGGUCAGCGGUUUAUAGCACAGUUCUUAAGCAUGGUGAUGAUAACACCUUAGAGUCUGUGAUGAAACUGUUUAAAGAAGCUGAUCUGCAUGAAGAGAAAGUCCGACUGAUGAGAUGUAUGGGAGCUGUAUCACAACCUGAUUUGAUCAAGAAAGUCCUGGAGUUCUCAAUGUCGAGUGAUGUUCGGUCACAGGAUACUGUUUACGUUAUCGCUGGUGUAACCGGCAGUUUAGCAGGGCGUGAACUCGCGUGGCGGUUUGUCGAAGACAAUUGGGACGAGCUGUACACCCGUUAUGCUGGAGGACUGUUAUUCUCUCGUCUCAUAAAGAUGACCACAGAUUCGUUUGCAACUGAAAAGAGCCUCAACGAAAUAAAGGAUUUCUUUUACAAGCACUCCGUACCAAACGCCCAGCGAACUGUUCAACAAUCACUGGAGAACAUACACCUGAAUAUCACAUGGUUAUCACGUGAUGCAGACCGUGUAAAAGCCUGGCUUCAAGGCAAGGGAUAUUAAAGGAGCUUGCUCAUGGCGCAUGAAUAAUUUACGAUCCGUAUAAUUUCUCUUCAUCACUGACCACCCUCAUAUUAUUUUCUUUCUUAUUACAUAUCGUUUGCUUUUUCCUGUAGUUAAUCUAAGAUUAUGUUUUGAUUGGAAAAAAAAUUUAGGUUGCAUUAACGUAGCAUGUUUGCAACGAGAUCAGUUCUUUAAUGAGGAAUAAAAGUUGUUAUCGUUGGCUGAACCAUAAUGUGUAACUAUUCGUUUGUAACAGUCCUAAGGAGGGCUCUAAGGAAUUGCAUCCAAGUUUGGUUGCAGAGUGUUUACAAUAUUCUAUCUGGUCAGUUAAGGAAUGAAGUGUUAUAUAGAUCUGUUCCACUGUUCAUUAAUUAACAAAAAUGCUUAGUGCUUAAAUGAAUCUAACAGUUUCACUCAAAAUUCUGAGCUGAUUUAGCUAAUACAAAUAGUUAUUUUCGUAGUUUUAACAUGUUCGUAAUACUAUGAAGUGAGUUCGCUUUAGACCAUUCUGCGCGUAUCUUCCCAGUCCUUUAUCGUCCCUAAUCCCUUGCUGGAUUUCCCAUUUGCUUCCGAUAAUGUUCGUGCGCACCCCAAAUCGACUGAUUUCCGGCCUUGUUCAUAUGUUAAUGACGACAGCCAUAAUUCGGAGGGUGAAACCGUAGAUAAUUUUUGGCAGCUUCCUUAUGACGUUGGAAGCCUUUGCAUCUUUUUGCAACUAGAGAAUGACCUACCAAAGUCGUAGAAUCGUAAAUUCCUAGAACCAGACCAAACAAUCUUGAAGUCUCAAUGGACAAUGUAGUCCUUGAGACAGAAAAGUUGAUCCUUAACUGAACUCGAGAGUGUCCUCAAUGGCCUCACUU